AUGCUCCGCCCGCGCGCGCGCGCGUCUCGCGCCUUCUCGCAGCUCCGCGACUACGUGCACGAGACGAUCAUCCCGACGUUCCACUUUCAGAAGAGUCUGCCCCGUCUGCCGAUCCCCAAACUCGAAGACUCGCUCGCGCGCUACCUUUUGGCCCUCGAGCCGGUCGUGACGCGGCCGCAACUCGCCGAGUCGGCGCGCGCCGUACGCGCAUUCCAACACGGCGUGGGCCCUGAUCUCCAGCGAGCGCUGGUGGCGCGCGACGUGUCGCAGCCGCACACGUCGUACAUCAACCAAUGGUGGCUCGACAUGUACUUGACGGACCGCCAGCCGUUGCCCGGCAACUUCAACCCGCAAGUGAAACUGAAGAUGGACCCCGUGGCAGCUAAAAAUAGCCAAAGUCAACGCGCGGCGUCGUUGAUUGCGUCAUCUGUGCGCGUGUACCGGACGUUGCGCGAUGGGCACUUUCAGCCAGAUAUCUUUCACACCAAUGCGACUGUGACGACCACGACACGUGCGUUUGACUACUAUUGCAAACUCUUGCCGGAACGCGUGAGUUUCUAUGGCGCAGCUGCGUUGGGCGCGUACCCGUUAGACAUGUCGCAGUACAAACACCUGUUUGGCAGCACGCGAGUGCCCAAACGAGGCCGCGAUGCGCUUCAGAUUGCACCGACGGCACCCAAGCACGUCGUUGUGCAGCGGGGAACCAAGUUCUAUACCUUUGACGUGCUCACGGAUCGUGGCGACGCGGUCAGUGAGGAGCAGAUUUUGGCCAACAUUGAGGCCAUCUUGGCCGAGCCAUUGGCUACACCGUCAGACGAGGCAGUAGGGGUAGGACUGCUGACAACGUUACAUCGCGACGCUUGGGCGGACGCCCGGCUCAAACUGGAAACGACAGAUGGAGUGAAUCAGAAAUCCUUGGAGGUGAUUGACCGUGCCCUUUUUAUGGUGUGUCUCGAGCACCAGGCGCCUGCAACGCCCGAAGAAGUGAGUCGCACGUUUUUGACGGGCGAUGGCAGCAAUCACUGGUUCGACAAGAGUUUCCAACUACUUGUUGCGGCAAACGGUACGGCGUCCGUGACCUUUGAGCACGCGUGGGGCGACGGGAUCGCCGUGCUGCGCUACAUUAAUGAAUUGUACAAUGACAGUGUGAAGUAUCCAGUCGUGAAAGCCAAUUGCCACGGAAAAGUCCGUGAACUUGUGUGGAACAUUAGUGGCGAGAUGCAAAAUGUUUUGAAAAAAGCCAAGACAGAGUAUAAAAAGUGGAUGUCAAAGUUGCUGAUCGCGUGUGCCGAAACGCCCGUUACGCGCGCGGUUGGCAAGCAAUACAAUAUUGGAACAGACGGCCUCAUGCAGAUGACGAUUCAGUUGGCCCACUUUAAACUCCACGAGAAGUUUGUGGCGACGUAUGAGAGUGCCAGUACCGCUGCAUUUAAGCAUGGACGGACAGAGACCGUGCGUAGCUGUACGAACGAGGCGGUGAACUUUGUGCACAAGAUGGUUGAUGCCUCUAGCUCCGAUACCGAACGAGUCAAUGCUCUGCGUGCGGCUGUAGCGAAGCACAGUGAACUGACGAAGAACGCUGUGAUGGGCCAAGGAUUUGACCGCCAUUUGUUUGCGCUACGAGCAAUGGCAGAGUUACAGAACAUGGACGUGCCUGAAUUCUAUACGCUUCCAGCACAUCAGGUAAUGAACAAGAUCAUCUUGUCGACCAGUACGCUGUCAAGCCCAGCACUAGAAGGUGGAAGUUUUGGUCCUGUCAAUGACGAGUGCUACGGCAUUGGCUACGGCAUUGAGAAAGAAGGAUCGGCGUUCCAGCUCUCCAGCUACCGCCAAGACAUUUCGCAGCUGAAGGAUCUGCUCGUUGAGAGUAUGGUUGACUUGGAGCGCCUGCUAGCAGACACGGCGCCCAAGAAGUAG